AUGUCGGUCUUUUCUUUGGAUGUUGAGAAGGCGAAUCCUGUCACUUCGCAGGUCCUUGACGACAGCCUGGAGACUUUAGGAGCAUGGGCGUGGCGCUGCCAUGUUGAAGACAAGAACAGGAAGGGUGGCUUGCUCGAUGGCAAAAGGAUUGCAAUCAAGGACAACAUAGCUGUCAAAGGUGUCCCGAUGCUUUUAGGCACAGACUUUGUCAAGGAUUACACGCCGAACACCGAUGCUACAUGUGUAACACGAUUGCUUGAAGCUGGAGCGAUCAUUACUGGAAAGUCGGUUUGCGAAAACAUGUGUCAUUCAGCCACCAGCAGCUCCUCGUCAACUGGCCAUGUGCAUAACCCAUACGCACACGGUUACAGCAGUGGUGGCAGCUCGAGUGGCUCCGGCGCCCUAGUUGCCAAUGGUGAUGUUGACAUGGCUCUCGGCGCGGACCAAGGAGGUUCGAUUCGCGUGCCUGCUGGUUGGUGCGGAAUCUACGGCCUCAAACCAACUUUCGGUCUCGUACCUUAUACAGCAUGUGGCUCUAAUGAGCCGACAAACGACCACGUUGGGCCGAUGACACGCACUCUGCUGGACAACGCACUAAUGCUACAGGCCAUCGCUGGAAACGAUAACAUUGACGACCGAUCCUUCGCUGCGCCGUCACCCGACAAGAUUCCCAAGUACUACGAUAAUCUGGUCGCCUUGACCAAACCAGCAGACCUUUCCGGAGUCAAGAUUGGCGUUUUGAUAGAGGGCAUGAAUCAGCCUUCCGUCGAACCUCGAAUCAAGACUUGUGUAGAGGAAGCUUUGAAGGGCCUCCGUGAACUCGGAGCGAGCGUUGAGGAGGUCUCUGUGCCCCUACACUCCAAAGGUGCUGCCAUUUGGACCGCUAUCAGCAAGACAGGAGGUUAUCUCGCCAAGAGAAACCUCAAUUUCGGCAGAAGGGGUCACGUCAUGACGGACUUGACUGAGAAGUUUCAGGAUCUCACACAAGAGCAGUGGGAUAAUGCCUACGUUUCGUCCAAGAACAUAUAUCUUAAUGGCGUCUACGCCCAGACUGCAUUUCCUGGGUUACUUGGAAAAGCCACCAACCUGAGCCGAAAGCUACGAGACGAUUACGACGCCGCACUCGAGAGGUUUGAUGUGCUUGUAGCGCCAAACCUACCUUACGUCGCCAACUCGCAUACUCCAUAUGGGGCGUCGCCCUUGGAGAAGAUCUCCAAACAGGUAGGGCUCACGGCCAAUACUGCCCCUUUCAACCAGUCGGGGCACCCUGUGCUGGCGAUGCCAAUUGGAAUGCUUCCCAUAGAAGAAGGGUUUCUGAAGGGCUCUGGGACAAAGUUGCCCGUGAGCAUGCAGGUCAUUGGAAAGUGGUGGCAUGAAGAAGAUGUGUACCGAGUUGCCUACGCUUGGAGCUUGAAGAAUGACUGGAAGACGAAAUAA